AUGUCACCAGCCGCCACCACCAAGGGCAAUGCCCACGGUCACGUCAGGUUCCUUCCCGUCACAUACGAUAGCAGCGAUUCACAGUCGGCCCUGAAGCUCAUCUUGAGCCUGUUCCCCGAUUGGGCCAGCGACGACUCCAAGGUCGACUUUGUCCGCUUCACCGAUGGCAUCACCAAUACUCUCCUCAAAGCCGUCAACCGUCGACCAGGCCUGUCCAAGGCUGAUAUCGACCGAGAGGCCGUACUGCUCCGGGCCUACGGCAACGGCACCGCCGUAAUCAUCGACCGGGAGCGCGAGGCAGCGAACCACGAGCUACUGAUGAAGCAUGGCCUGGCUCCGGAGCUGUUGGCGCGCUUCGCCAACGGCAUGCUGUACCGCUUCGUUCCCGGCACCGUGGCCCAGCCCAAGGACCUCUCCGACCCGGCAUUGCUCGCAGCCGUUGCCCGACGACUGGCUCAGUGGCAUGCCACGGUCCCGUGUCUGCCCGACUCGGCCAUCAAGGGAGAGGAGCCGGCCGAGGAUGGCAAUUCUGACAGCGACGACAGCCGCCGCAAGGCCAUGAUCACCAAGGCAGCGGCCGGCAAGCCGAUUCCCAACCUGUGGUCGACCAUGCAGAAAUGGAUCCUGGCCUUGCCGACAGACACAGAGCAGCAGCGCGAACGACAGGCUCUGCUGCAGCGUGAGCUGGAAGAGAUGAUUGAGAAGCUCAGCCAGCGCCCCGGGCUCGGACGGGACGGGCUGGUCUUUGCCCACUGCGACCUCCUGAGUGCCAACAUCAUCAUGCACCACGAACCCGGCCAGGAGCUGUCCGUGAGCUUCAUCGAUUACGAAUAUGCGACACCAUCGCCUGCCGCGUUUGACAUCUCCAACCACUUUGCCGAGUGGGCCGGCUAUGACUGCGACUACUCGGCCAUGCCGACCCGGCCGCAGCGACACGCCUUUAUCCGCGAAUACGUUGCAUCGUACGCUAAGCUGUCAGGCCAAGAGAUGGAUCUGGAAGAGGAGACUAAGAAGCUAAUGCAAGAGGUGGACGUUUUCCGCGGGAUCCCGGGCUUCUACUGGGGCAUCUGGGCGCUGAUCCAGGCUACCAUUUCGCACAUUGACUUUGACUACGCCUCGUACGCCGAGUCAAGACUCGGCGAGUACUGGGCCUACAAGGCAGAGGAGGAUGGAAGCCGUGCGGCGGCAGGAAAGGAGAUGCCGCUCCGGGAGAAGACGUGGUCACGAAACGAAUAG